AUGGCGCCUCAGCUUCUCUCCUCCGGCAACUUCAAAUCUCUCUUUGACUCUGUCGACACUUUCCUCUUUGAUUGCGAUGGUGUUAUAUGGAAGGGUGAUACGCUCAUCGAUGGCGUCUCUCAGGCUCUCGAUCUAAUCCGCUCUAAGGGUAAAAAUGUUGUGUUUGUGACCAACAAUUCGAUGAAAUCAAGGAGGCAAUACGCUGAAAAGUUCAAAUCUCUGGGUCUCGUUUCUGUUACUCAGGAAGAGAUCUUAUCUUCGUCAUUCGCGGCAGCUAUGUACCUCAAAAUCAACAAUUUCCCCAAGGACAAGAAGAUUUAUGUGAUUGGUGGAGAGGGCGUGAUUGAAGAGCUCCAGAUUGCUGGUUAUACAGGUCUUGGUGGUCCUGGAGACAGUGAAAAGAAGGCAGAAUGGAAAUCUAACUCUCUCUUUGAACAUGAUAAAAACGUGGGAGCAGUUGUGGUGGGACUUGACCCCAACAUAAACUACUAUAAGCUUCAGUAUGGGACCCUCUGCGUACGUGAGAAUCCGGGAUGUCUUUUCAUUGCGACCAACCGUGAUGCAGUGGGACAUAUGACUGACACGCAAGAGUGGCCCGGUGCUGGUUGUAUGGUUUCUGCCAUGUGUGGAUCAACUGAUAGAGAACCAAUAGUUGUCGGGAAACCAUCUACUUUCAUGAUGGACUUUCUCCUGCAGAAAUUUCAGACAGAGACGUCAAGGAUGUGCAUGGUGGGUGAUAGGCUAGAUACUGAUAUCUUGUUUGGUCAGAAUGCUGGCUGCAAAACUCUCCUCGUCCUCUCAGGGGUGACAAGUGAAUCAAAUCUACUAGAUAAGGGCAACAACAUUGAGCCAGAUUACUACACAAGCUCAGUCUCUGACAUCACGAAACUGAUGGAUUCCCCCUAG